GGGAUCAGAAAGGACCCCCAAAUUAAUGGGGCAUAAAAAUAGGUGUCUGAAUGGGAGUGUACCCCCACCCCUUUCUUCCUCCCUCCUCUCCCCCUUCCAUCCCUGGCGCCUGUAAUCACCAGGUGGUCUGAGGCUAAGUGGUAGUUUUGCCCAUGGUGGGGGGGCUUGGAAACCACACCCCUCUCCCGGGGGCCCUCUUGGCCAUUCCCAGCUCCGGUCGCCUCCACUGUUGAGAUGGGUCUGAAGGGUGCAUGGUGUUUCCCAUGGUGCGGGUGCCGGAGGCAGCGGGGGACUGAAAGAGGAGCAGGCCUGAGUCCUGCUGCCCCUCCAGAUCCCAGUCCAGCUAUAGCCCCCAUCAUGGCUGAGGGAGGGGUACCCUCGCCAGGGCCUGGUGCCUACUUCAGCAGGAAAGCCCGACUCUCCUUCCGCCACCAGCUGCAUGACAUAGCAUCGGCCAAUGACUCCACCAUUUGAAGGGGACAACGAGGAGCUGAACCUCCAGGAAGGCUUAGCAAGUUUCCUUCCCUAGAUUUCUCAGAGAUCCUAAUGUCCACCUCCCCAAGUCCUUUCUAACCUUCUCAUUAAAUGUGUCCAUAGUUGCUAA